AUGCAGAUGACCAGAUAUCAUCGUCAAGAAAACUUUCUAAGAUUUAUACCACCUUUGAAUUUACUGAUUUAAUUAGGAAUAAAUGUACAAACAAAUUAAGGUGGUCUGUUGCCGUAUCAGAUAAAUCAACUAGUCUACCGGAAUUUAGAAUAUUAGCAAUAUCUUGUAUUAACCUGGAAGAUAUGAAAUAUUAUAAGAAAAGUUCUAGUGAAAUACACCUUGUAGAAACCAAAAAUAAUGGAUUUACGUUUGUUUUUAUUAUUGAUGAUGAAUAUUCAAUUAGUAAUAUUGAUGAAGAAAAUUUAUCAAUUGAAUGUGGUGGGAUAGUUGAAUUAUUUUCUUGUCAAAACGCUGAUGAACAUUUCCUUAUUAUCUUAGCACUUUCAGGGAUCUACAAGUAUCAUAUAAAGGACAAAUCUAUUAAUGGUAAAAACUUACAAAAAUUAAAAUAUCCAAGAAGAAUAUACAACGCAAUCAUUAAUAAUAUAAAUGCGCGUUUUGAUGAUUAUAAUUUUGAUAAAGCAUACAAACCAAUUAGUAAAUAUUUUAAGAGACAUAAGUUUGAUGAAUCAGCCUUGUUAGAUCUUUCUACUUUAUCAUACGCGAUAUCAGAUGAUAACAGAUUUUUAGCAUAUGUACCAUCAUCCACUAAAGAAAUCAUAAUAUAUUCGAUCGAAUGUGGUAUUGAAAUAGCGAAGCUUGAAGAAAUUAUAAAUAUGAAGGACGCAUUUGGACAAAUAUUUAUCGAUUUUUUUGAUGAGAUGUUACUCAUAUAUCAUUCAAAAGAUGAAUGGUUUGUCUGGAAUAUUUUCGGCUCAUUACGAGAUUCUGUUAAAUUAGGGAAUCCAGGGUUUACGGUGGAACUUCCAUUAGCCAAAAAAUUUGGAGAUCCUUAUAAAGUACAACGAUCAAAUUCAUCCAUAAUCGUUGAUAUGGGUAGCGAACUUGUUAUUUAUGAUGAUCAGAUUAUAUAUAAAUAUUUGAAAUAUUUAAAGAAAAAUGGUAAACAAGAUUGGAAGAAACUACCAAUAGAAUACUUUUCUAUGCAAAAUUUAUAUAAUCACAUAUUAGAUCUUCAUGAUGAAGAAUCAAUAAAAAAAUUAAAUGAAUAUUAUUCGAAAAAAAAUAUCCAAGCAUCUUAUAAAAACAUAACAUUAGAAGCAUUAGAUAUAGCUCCCCAUAAAAAAUUAAAAUUGGAACAAUUAGAUAAGAAUUAUGAGAUAAUUGAACCCUGGUCAACCGAAUCCUUUGGAUUUUCUGGACGUCCACGGUACUCGUUCUAUCUCGAUGAGGAAAAAACAAAGCUACUUUUAAUUGGAAGCCAUACAAUUCAAGUUUGGCACAAGUAUGAUCAUGGUCUUAAAAAAAAGAGAUCUCUUGAAUUCAUUCAUGUGCCUUUAUCGCACUUGCAAAAUAUUUUUGAUCUUGAAAUAAGAAAAUUAGAUCUUCAAGUGAUAAAAGUAAUAGAUUUCAAGUAUUGCAUCGGAAAAUUCAAGCUAAGCAUCCAAAUUAAUGCCAAAUAUGCUUGUUAUGCACUUAAAUACUUCUCUGCUUAUAAAAAACUUGAACAGUUUCUUAACAAGGAUAGAAAAUUAAAAUUUAGUUAUAUUAUUAAGCAAACACGAAAAAUAAUAUUGAGAUUUAUUAGAUUGCAUCCAACUGAUUGGAGAUUAUUAGAUAUUCGUUUUGAUUUAAUGAGUGUUCUUAUUGAAACGGGAGAUUAUGAACUUGUAAAUGAUAUUUUAUAUUUUGAACAACCGACUCAUAUACCUCAAAAAUUUUGUUGGUCAGGUGGAAAAAAUACUAUUCGUACCGCACUUUCAG